AGGCUCUUUUGUCCUUAACUUGCAUCUAUUACCAUGGCUGGUUCAAUAAAGAAAAGUUGUGGAAAUUGGUGAAUAGACUACUAAAACAGAAAUGUCAUGUCCAGGAGAAAUGUCUUUCCUUGACAAUCUUCUUUGCUUGGCAAUAUCUGUGCUUCAUACAAAAAUUCUGUACGCAUUCUCGAAACUUUUGUAGUUAAGAAAAUAAUCGAAAGCAGCCACGAGAGGAUCAAGAAUAUAUAUACAUAUAAUGCCUGCAUUCUGGUUUUCUCUGAAAAGAUCAUUACAGUGCAAAUCACAGCAAUCUGACGUGCAUGUUCCGAGGGUCAGGAGCAAUUCAUCCAGCAUUCAAACAAAAAAGCCAUGCGGGUCUGGUUGCUCGAGAUCCGUAUCUAAUCUAAGAGAUGUUAUUCAUGGAAGCAAGAGAUACACAGAGAAGGCACCGAGUUGCAGCCCGAGAUCUUUGGGUAGCAGUGACUUUCUUAACCCUAUAACCCAUGAAGUAGUUCUUAACGACUCCACCUGCGAACUAAAGAUUUCUGGUUUUGGCGGCAAUGCCAGCGGUGGUGGUGCUAAAGGCGUUUCUUCUACUUUUGUGGGUACUCUUAAGCCAGGAACACCUGGCCCUGGUGGCUAUGAACUGGGUACCCUUCAUCACCCAAGAAAGUCAAGUAGUAAUCUUUCAAGGAGGAUUCAAGGCGACUCUCCAGUUUUUGGUACUGGCAUGAGUAUCUCUUCCAAUUCCAGAAUUUCUUUUGAUGCAAAGUUUUAUGAUUCUUCUUCAAAUCUGAUUUGCAAAAAAUGUUUCGCCGAGUUCAAGACUUUGGAUGCUGUUGAAGAACAUCAUCUCUCCAAACAUGCCGUUACUGAACUGGUAGAAGGUGACUCAUCUAGGAAGAUAGUUGAAAUUAUCUGCAGAGCUAGCUGGCUAAAAUCUGAGGCUAAUUGUAUCCGCAUAGAAAAAAUCCUAAAAGUCCAUAACAUGCAGAGUAGAAUUGCUCAAUUUGAAGAACAUAGAGAAAUUGUCAAAAUCAAAGCUAGUAAACUUCCUACAAGACACCCACGUUGUUUAGCAGAUGGAAAUGAGCUCCUCAGAUUCCAUGGCACAACUAUUGCUUGUUCUCUUGGCUUAAAUGGUUCUUCUUGUCUUUGUACAAUGGAGAACUGCGAUGUUUGCCAAAUUCUGAGAAAUGGGUUCUUAAAGAAAGACCUUAAAGAUGGAAUUGGUGUUUAUACAGCUUCUACAAGUGGAAAAGCUUUGGAAUGUAUUGAAUUUAGUGAAGAAAAAAGUUCCUCAAGAAAGGCUUUGUUGGUAUGCAGAGUUAUUGCUGGAAGAGUUCAUAAACCUCUUGAAAAUUUUCAAGAAAUUGCAGGUCAAUCGGGUUUUGAUUCAUUGGCCGGAAACUAUGGUCAUCAAAAUUGUAGUAUUGAGGAGCUUUAUUUACUAAAUCCCAAAGCUCUCCUUCCUUGUUUUGUAGUAAUUUGCUAACCAUGAAAAUUAAUAUUAAGUACUCAAUUUUUUUAUUUUUAAAA